GUAACUUUUCAGAUUUGCUUGAUUCUGUUUUCAAAUGUAUUAUCUUUAUUUAGAAGGUUUGUUUCCCCUUCAUACUUAGUAAUUGUGCGGCACAAGCAGACUUCCUCAGUAAGUGAAACGCAAACACAUAAAAUUGGCAGCUCCAGAUUCUCUUGCAAUGCCAUUAUUGCCAAUGUAGUCAUCAACUCAACGGGAAGCGGUUUCUUAUUUGUGUUUUAAUGUCAUUUUGUCCACAAUAUAAAGACACUGGCUGCUUCACUACAGUUACAUGCCGUUACUGCUGUACAGCAUUGCCUAAGAAACACUUCUCAUCAUCUCUCGCUAAUCUAAACCAGACGGCAAGUAGCCGCCCAUACAUCUAUUCCUUUAGCGUCACAAAUGCCACGCAGCACAGGAAAAAAGGGCGGGCUCUAUUGACAACUCACUAUAGGAAGCGACCAAAUGACGUCAUACGCAGCUGUCCAAUACCAGGGCUGAACUACGUCCAAGCCCAUCACCACAGCUAAUUGUACGUCUUGUGGGCCGAUCCGAAAGUGCCAAUCCCAAAAUGGUUACCCAGCAUGAGGCUGGUGCCAUGACAACCCGCCCGGUGUCGCUGUUUAUGGGCGUUGCCAAGAACUGACUCUAUAUAAUUGAGCCAAGAAGGCAGUGGGCGUGUCAGUGUGUCCGGCUUUAGUGGGUGAAUAUGCCGUGCAGUAUGGAUGUGGAGGCCGUUCGUCAGUGCCUUUCUAAAGCAGGGCAGAGCCAUGUAUUACAGUUCUGGGAUAGCCUAUCCUCGGAGCAGCGCAGCAGUCUCUUAGAGGAGCUUAGUGGUUUAGACUUCCUGGAGCUAAAUGACUUCUUCAAACGAGCAAUGGCAGCAUUUUCGGUCUCAUCUUCCCAAGAGAAAGUAGAUAGUAGAAUGGAGGCCGUGCCUCGGGAGGUUCUUGGCAGCGUGACACGGGACAAGGAACAUCUGCGGGAAUGGGAGGCACAAGGUUUCAUGGAAAUCUCUCGUGGUAAAGUAGCUGUACUACUGCUAGCUGGGGGUCAAGGAACAAGAUUGGGGGUGUCCUAUCCUAAAGGAAUGUAUGAUGUUGGUUUGUCCUCUCAUAAAAGCCUUUACCAGAUACAAGCUGAGCGCAUUCUAAAACUACAGAGGUUGGCAAAAGAGCAGCAUGGACUAGAAUGCACCAUUCCCUGGUACAUCAUGACCAGUGGGCGCACUAUGGAGUCUACUCGGGAAUUCUUCCAGAAACACAGCUAUUUUGGGCUUAAUGAAGAGCAUGUGAUUCUCUUUCAGCAAGGCAUGUUGCCAGCCAUGAGCUUUGAUGGCAAGAUCUUUUUAGAAGAGCAGGACAAGCUCUCCAUGGCCCCAGAUGGAAAUGGUGGGCUAUACAGAGCACUUGGUGCACAUGGUGUGCUGAACGACAUGGAACAGAGAGGAGUGGAAUAUAUACAUGUAUAUUGUGUAGACAACAUCUUGGUUAAAGUGGCAGAUCCUGUUUUCAUUGGGUUUUGUGUGAAGAAGAAGGCAGACUGUGGGGCCAAGGUAGUGGAGAAGAUGAAUCCAACAGAACCAGUGGGUGUUGUGUGCCGUGUGGAUGGUGUAUACCAAGUGGUUGAGUACAGUGAGAUCACACUGGCAACUGCACAGGCUCGCAGUGCAGAUGGACGUCUAAUGUACAAUGCAGGAAAUAUUGCCAACCACUUUUUCACACGACGGUUUCUUCAGGAGGUUGUGGAGGUCCAUGAACCUCAACUGCAGCAUCAUGUAGCGCUGAAAAAAAUCCCAUAUGUGGAUGCACAUGGUGUGCGUACUCAUCCAGAAAAACCAAAUGGGAUAAAAAUGGAGAAAUUCGUCUUUGAUAUUUUUCAGUUUGCCAAAAAAUUUGUGGUUUUUGAGGUAUUGCGAGAGGAGGAAUUUUCACCUCUGAAAAAUGCAGACAGCCAGAAUGGAAAGGACAACCCAACAACAGCCCGCCAUUCCCUUAUGUCCCUACAUCACUGCUGGGUGCUCAAUGCUGGGGGACACUUUGUGGAUGAAAAUGGAACAAGGAUUCCAGCCAUUCCUCUUAUGAAGGAUGCUGGUGACUUGCCAAUUCAGUGUGAAAUUUCCCCCUUGGUUUCCUAUGCUGGUGAGGGUCUGGAGCCUUAUGUUUCCAAUCGGGAAUUCCAUGCCCCUCUGACAAUAGAUGAGAAUGGAGUUCACCAGCAGGUUAUGAAUGGCACCUACAUUUAGAGCCUAUGAGGGACCUGAAAGUGUGGUAUUUAAUUUGCUGGGUGUGGGUAUAUGAAUUGUAAGGUACUAAAGGACAAUGUUAAUCACUGGGGUCUUCCUCGUCAUUCCUCUACAGAAAUGUGAAGGUUUUAUUUGAAGCCUGUUUUACUUGCCAUAACACAUGGAAGGAAAGUGUACAUAUUUAUUGCAUGUUCUCCAUCUUAAAGCAAACAUAAUCUAUUUUUUUUUAAUAUUGUACAUAGUAUACUCUUGUACAUUUACAAAAUAUUUAAAAUAUUUUAAUGGUACUGGACAGUCUUUUAUGUUUCUUUCAUCUGUCUGAAAUUUUUUUUAUUUAAUUUUUGGAAAGGAAAAGAUCGUUUUGAAUAAAUUUCCAAUCAGUAUGGUUAUUUAACAU